AUGAUCAAAUAAAUUUUAGAAAAGGCAGACGAAUUUGUAAUCUAACACAAAAGAGUAGUAGGUGCACUUGCCUUCUUGUAUGCUGCUCGUUUAGCUACUAAAUCUCUAGGAUCAAUCUUUGGACUUAUCAACAGAUAAUUGAUUCCUGGAUUUAAUUUGAUUGAAAGAUAUGGUAAAGGAUCUUAUGCUGCAAUUUCUGCUUGCACUGAUGGCAUUGGAAAAGGUUUUGCUCUCGAAUUGGCAAGAAGAGGUUUCAAUCUUGUCAUGUUCAUUAGAAAUGCUUAGAAAGGUGAAGCAUUAGCUGAAGAAAUUAGAAAUACCAUAAACAAAGACAUUGAUGUUGUUAUUGUUGAAGUUGAUUUCCAAAAGAUUUUAAAUCCUGGAACAAUCGAAGCUGCUAUUGAAAAGGUAAAGGGCAUAGAUAUUAGCAUUUUAGUUAACAAUGUAGGAAUGUACAUCAAUAAUCCUGCAUUUGAACUUUAAACAAAUACUGAAAUUUACAACAUCAUUUCUAUGAAUAUUGGUGCCUAAGCUUUAUUAACAAGAGGAUUAAUUUCUUAAAUUUCAAGCAGAAAGCAAAAAGGAGCUAUUAUUAAUCUCUCUAGCGUUACCUCUCUUACCCCACUUGCAGGCUUCAUUUUAUAUGGAGCUAGUAAGCUUUUUAAUGACUACUUCAGCAGAGCUCUUGAAGAAGAAUAUAAGGGAAAACUUGACGUUAUUUCUGUCAAACCUGGCUGGGUUGCAACUCCAAUGACUGAUAAAAUGAAAAAGAAGUAAUUAGAAAUAACUCCUUAAUAAUGCGCCUCAAGUGUCUUAAGAUAACUAGGAAGAAUCAGUGUUACAGCUGGACAUUUCUAACAUGAAAUUGCUACUUUUGUUCAAUUAAAAACUUAAAAUAAAAUCAAUAAUGUUAUGCGUAGAGUUAUCACAAACAUAUUGAACAAAGAUAAAUCAUAAUCUUGA